GUUGCGGCGAAACUACAAAAGAUUUUGGAAAAGCUAGAAAAGCUAGACACGAUAGAACUGUCUUUGAAGAUAAGUGAAUCCAAACUGGCAAGGCUAGAAACACGAACGACAGCGUUGGAAGCUUUCAAAGAAGAAGCCAAGAAGGACAUAAGCGAGUUGAAAGAUGGCGCCAACUUUGCUAAAAACAAUUACAGGAGAAGUCUCAAGAGUCAGCAAAGGCACAAGUAGAAAUUGCCGAGCUCACAAGGAAGGUGCGAAAACAUGAAGAAGCAGUUAAGGAGACCGAGUCAAAAAGCUUAUAUCUUGAGGCCUAUUCUCGACGCGAAAAGAUCAAGUUUAUUAACAUCGAAGAAGGACCUCCAGACCAACCUGAAGACACCGAGGAGAUUUUAAGAGGCUUUUUAGAACGCGAACUGGGAUAUGUAGAUGCUCAGAAUGUAGAAUUUCAACGUGUCCACCGCACAGGAAAAACCAAAGAUGGGAAUCCUCGUCUAAUGCUUGCACGUUUCCUGAGGUAUAAAGAUGUGCAAAACAUUUUUUCACUGGAACACAGCUUGAAAGGAUCAAAGUUUCAAAUGUUCCGAGACCUACCGACUGAAAUUGUU